AUGUCACGGAGGAAACCCAAAAAGCGCAAGAACGCCAAUACAAUGAUAAAAAAUAACGGAAUCUCGACAGAGAAAGAAAGUUCACCCCCGACCCGAGACCGGCCUUACAUCACACGCAACGCGUCUCACCGUCUCCUUCAAUCGAAAAGAGACAAGCGAACCUCGACGCUCUGUGUGCCGAAGGGAGACGACAUGCUGAGAUUUCCAGUUAACGAAGAUCGUAUGAACAGAAUAUGCCCUGCGUGGCGCAAUUUCGAACUUCUUGGCGGGCGCAAGAGAAUGGCCGUCACCAACGGCAUGGACUUCGAGAAUGAGAGGGCUAAGGACGCUCUUCGAAUAGUCCUAGAAAUUAUCCACGGCAAAGAAGUGGUGGACUAUGAAAAUUCCAGCCCUCGCCUUCUAUUCUACAUGCUUGAAGUUCAUGCCUGGUUGGGACAUCCGAAAGCCACUUACAGCAGUGGUAUGGAUCCAACCAUGGUCGGAACUCAAGAAGCUCAAUGCUCUCCAUUCUUUCACAAGGACGCCAUCUCAGGGUGUAUCUUUCAGAUGGCAAAAAAGGCUAAGUACUUGUACCGAGUGAAAGACUGGAUGCUUCUGGCUCUAGUCGCCGAAAAGCUAAGACUUCACGAUGUUAUGCAGUUGGUUCUCGACAGCUUAAGCCUUUUCUGCAGACCUGAUAAGAGAGAGUUGCCUGAAGAGGCAAGGGACUGCAUCAAAGACAGAGAUUGGGCCAGGAUACAAGACCUCAGACUUAUCGACAAAAACUUGCUGAACAGGCGCGAGUUUUACGUCGACCAAAUCUUCAAGGGACUACGUCUUCUUUCCCACCAAGUCCUCUAUUUCGAGGGUGGCAUUCUUCCCAACGAAAACAUCUUUAAUACCUACCAAGACUAUAAAGUUGCAGCAUGUUCGUACUGUCGAUCGCUUUCGUCCGAUGAAUUCCAUCGGGAACUCAUUUCAGUGCAUCUAUGGCCCCUGUACGCAGAGACAUACAAGGAGCGUGUCAUCGAUCUGAUUUAUGCAAUUAGGGAUAUGGAAAAAAGGACUCUUGUUGGAAGACACUGCAACCAGUUAACCCAUCUUUACGAUCACCUACGACGGAUGUGUACGGGUUCGGAGCAUUAG